UUACAAUUUCGGUUUCGCUCAUUUACCGUCAUAUCCGGUCUAGGUACACCAUCAAACGAAUGAAGACACAGAAGUCUGUCAGUUGGCAGUUUACAAAAAAAAAAACCAAUUUCGAUAAUGCCUACGGAUACACCUUGAUUGCACCGACAUCACUGUAGAAACGGCAGUUCUUUAAAUAAGUUUAUUUUUGUCAAGUUCGGCACUACGUCUACUUAUUAGCAAGUUUCGUUUCGGAUGCUUGUCACUUCCGUUUCGUGAAAGUGGCGCCUAAUAAAACACAUGCUAACUUCGCGAACCGGCAAAUGUGAAUAUCCUGAUUGCUGCGCACUUAAAAUGUGAAAUGAUUAACAACGUGUUUCCAGGUGGCUACCACAGCAUAUGUACAAGCAUUCCUUGGUACGGCUCAGUGUAGAGUGAAACUUUCUCAGUUAAUCUAUCCUCUACAGGCUUUCUGGCAGAAGGUCGACUGCACAAAUGGAAUUCAAGCACCCAGACUCUCUAACAGCGCUUUCAGCAAUAAGAGAAAUACAAGAAGGCUCAACACAAGUAACUGAACACCACGAUGAACAAACGUCUCGCUACAGGAAGAUCUUGGACAGUAUUCUUACUUCUUUAUUGAACGAUACCGAAAAAGAUGCAGAGCAGACGCGUCCGGUUUUAGAACGUUUGCUCGAAUGCGUCCAACACUGCGCCCAAGCGUUACCUGUACUGUUCCUGCCACAGGAAAGCAGCGAGCCAGGCGCCGCUGAACAGUGUGCCUUGCGCUUCAGCGAAAGUCUUAUUGGAAGGCUUCUCGUUCUCCUCAGCAUACCUGGUCUUGGUGAGCUCUCUGGGCACUGCUGCCGUGUCAUUGAAUCACUUCUGACCUUGUACAAGCGUCACAACAUGAGACUGCUGCAUCAAUUUCUGGACAACCUACUCGAAGUUUUUGUUGAUGUCUACCAAUUCUGUGUACUGAAUAGUGGUACUGAAAUGGCCACUUGUCACUUUGGUGUCACCCUUUCAUUUGCUGGCCAACAAAAUGUGAAAAAAUCGAAGGCUGAACAAGGGAGCAUCUACAUAUCUCUACCGGACGGUGGCUGUGCUCUGCUGCUUUCACUCAUGAAGCUUUUGGUGUUCUUAGCUGAUGACAUGGUAGCAUUUGGAAGCAAUCGCAGACUCGGACGGGACAGGCUUGUUCGCUCCCUUUGCGGCCUUCUGAGCGCAGACAACGGUGAACUUGUGGAGGCCAGUCUUGAAGCUUUGAGUGCUUUUCUUAAGCAGUAUUACCCCCUGACGGAGAACACUGAGACGGAAGUCCUCCUGAGCGUUACGUGGCUCAUGCACUGCAUAUCAACAGGUAGCAUAACCUUAACAUCUUCUGGAACAGAUCGCUUGGUAGACUUCUUGAAGACUGUGGCAAACAUCCAGGUAUCUCCAGGUGCUUCAGAAGAGGUCCUGCUGGGAUUAGCUAAGGUCAUGCAGAACUUGCAGAAACAUCCAAAUCUCCUCGGUGCCUCUGCACAAUUGUUUAGCAAAAUUUCUACAGACUCUGGCUACUGUCCACCCCUGGACUCCGUGUUGCUAGAGUUGCGAGAAAACCUGAGUCCGUUACUGGAGGCUGCAGACACCAACAUUGUUUCAAGUAAAACCUAUGUUGGUGUCCUGGUAAUGGAAGUUGGCAAAGCUCUUGCCAAAUUGGAAAGUGAAGAAGAAAAUGUGCGGUAUUCUCUCAUCACGAAGACAUUGCGGGACAGCUUUGUUGGAAUCAAAUUGGACAGGCUCCUGUAUAUACAGGACACUAGUCUUGAGAGUCUGAAGAAGGUGGCUGUCUGCUUAGAAGCUCUGCAGAUGGCUGUGCUUCAGUUGCUGCAACCGUCUGCUCUCUCCAAGUUGCAAAAUGAAGCAAAGGCUACAGCAGCUGAAAAAGCAACCAUGCGCGUGCAGCUUAACAUCAGCAGCGAGCGGAUGGUGCUGGCUCUGCUCAAGGACGCCCUUGAGUGUCGCUUGGAUGAUGAGCUGCUGUGUGAAGUGUUCCACAUUCUUGUGCUCCUCCUGAGAUGUCAAGAAGUGCCAAGUGCAAGUGAUCUCCUCGGUUUCUUUCCUGCCAUCGCAGUAGCAUGGAACACCCGAUUUGGACGGGUGCCUGGCCUUGAGUCUUCAAAUACAAAGCUUCAGUUCGAAGGAAAAGGAUCUGACAACUUACUUUGUGCAAGUCUAACAGUGGCCAGCUUUUUGCCACGUGGAACAUUCAACGUGGAGCCCUUGCUGAGCCAUGCUUUUACUGAAGGAUCAACAGAAGUUCAGAGGGCUGGUGCAGAACUGUUGUCCCACUGCAUCUUGCGGCGGAAUGCGUCCACUGCUGUGGUUCAUAAAAUCAGCACAGUCAUCGAGAAAGCACCACAGUCCAAUUUGUUGUCAUGGGUGAAUUGUGUUCGGGACCUCUGCUGUGUCUUGUCUGGAAAGGCCAAAAGCUUUCAAGCCGGAGACAAUUGGCAGCAACCAAACGCUGUUUGCUGCUUUGCAUGCGAAGCAGAAGAGUUGUCACUAAUUGCUACUGCGAGUGACAGCACGUGCAUGAGCGAUUGCGUCAUCAAGCUGUGCACCUCCCGUCACAGUUCUGUUAGAGAAGCCAUGGUUUCCAACCUGCCCAGCAUCCUUUGCCACCUUCAAUUGGAUGAUUCUCUAAUUGCAAGUCUACUGGACCUUUUGGAAGAUGCUGACUAUGUUGUCAGGAUGAAGUUUGGGAAUCGGCCUCUUAAAGUGCUGAUGUCGAGAAGCGACUCCAGUGUCCGCAGCAACAUCGUGUCACGGUUGAAGCAGACUCUGAACAGUGCCUGGCAGUCGGAGAAUGCUCGCCUGCAGUACACGUUGCUCACGGCAGUUGGCUGCGUGGGACAGGAUGCCAGGGACGAAGACUCACAGGCAUUCGCUUUGCUAUGCCUGCUGGAGCACAUACUCUGCCGCACAGCAGGCGUUGCUGAUAUUGCACGUGAGCAGCUUGUGGAGCUUGCGGAGAAUUUGGGUUCCUCCACGAGCAUCUUGUUAAAGAAAUUUCGACCACAAGUGGGAAAGUUUCUAUUUGAUAGCAUGAUCAAGGCAAGUCAGGAGCGUGGUUUCUCCGUGAACACAUUCCUCAGCAACCUGAUUGGAAUAUUUGGCUCCACUGAUGUUCGGAACUUUCUUAUUAGCAUGCUUCGGUUCCUAUUGCCCCCGCUGGUUCUCCAAGCCGAGCCCACAUGUUCUCGCCUGUUGAAGGGAUUUGCCAAGGAGAUUAAGUCGGUUCGUAGAGACCUGCUGAUGACCAACUUCAAGCACAUUUUUCCUUACCUCAUCUGCCACGCUUCGGGCAAUCAACUGGCCACUGCCCUGUCAUUUGUUGAGGCAGAGACAGGCCUCCGUAUUGGCAACGUGCUUCGAUUUGACUUCCAGCGCAUCUUGAAUGAGCUUCUCUUCCACCUCGGCAGCCACUAUGAACAGGUGCACGAUGGCCUGUUGGUGCUGGCCAGGGAAGAUGGUUUUCGUCCCAUCCGUUCCAGCAAGGAUUUGGCAGAGUUUCUCCAGCCUAGGCUGCUUGGCUUCCUGACGUUUUUUGACCUUCAGCUUGUGAACAAAAAUAUACCUGAUGACAAGAAAAAAGAGGCACUAAGAAGCCUGGAGUGCAUCCUUCGGCUCAUGGGCCAGCAACAUGUAACAGCACUACGAAUGAAGCUGAUGGCAACCCUGAAGUUGGCAUUACGGCUCACUUACGGGGAAUUCCCAUCAAUCAACAGUUGUGUUUGGAGCACAUUCGUUCACAACCUCGAGCCAUCAUCUACAGGUCCACUGCUGAGUCAGAUUACUGCCACACUGUUGCCACUGCUCAAGUUGGACCCAGAAGGUGCAAAAAACAUCUUCAACUUUCUCUUCAUCGACAACAGGGAGCAGCACGUGAGCUUCUUCCAUGACCUUCAUUUCAUUUCUGAAGUUCCAGAACUGGAGCAUGUUCAGCAAACUGUGUCAACACCAGACAGCCAAGGAGAGAACAACCUGAGUAACAUCUUGGGUCCCUGCUUGCACGGUAUUGCACACGAAAACCUUGACGUCCGAGUGCUAGCUUUGGGAAAGCUGAAGAAAGUGCUUUCAGCUAAUCAGAGCAAGCUGGCUGAGCAUCUGCUUACACGGGAGUCAGUGGAUCCACUUGUUUCAAAGCUGAUAGUUCAGCUUCUGAGUGGUUGCCGGGAAGCAGAUUCCAAGGUGCACGUCCUUCUGGCUGAAUGCUUCGGAGAACUGGGAGCAAUUGACCCUGGAAGGUUGGAACUGAAGCUUUUGAACACCGAAAAAGCAGUUGCCGUCCACAGUGGAGUUGAUGACAAGAGCUUCGCAGUUGACCUGCUUCAACGUCUGUGCCGCUCUUACCUUGCCGCUGAAGAUAGCAGAGUUCAGGACUGUUCUUCAUAUGCCAUUCAAGAGGUUCUAAAGAUCUACAAGUGUAAUGAGACGAAAUCUACACUCGGGCGAAAUUUGUGGAAGAGUUUUUCCCCUGAGGUGCAAGAGAUCUUCACCCCAAUGCUCAGUUCAAGAUACAUCAUGUCAAACAGCGAAUCAGUGGAUUACCCACACCCGUUGUUCGGCACAAACUAUGCGCAGAACUUCCGUGAUUGGCUGGCAAACUGGACGCUCGACCUUCUGGACAAGUUGAAGGAGGACAAGGCCCUCAAGGUGUUCAGGGCCUGCUCCCUGGUCUUCAAGAAUGACUCCAACCUGGCCUUGUUCCUCUUGCCGCGAGUUCUGGUGUGUGUCCUUGCCGACACGGAUGCUGCAGGCAGGGAGCAGGUAAUGACUGAAGUGCUGGCAGUUCUGCAGCAUUGUGAGCAGACAGAUGACAAUUCUGGUCUGUUGCACCUAUGCUCUCAGACAAUCUUCUCCAUACUUGACUACUUAGCCGUGCGUGCCAAGAUGUUCAGGAACACUACAGCUCCUGGGACGUCGUCAGCAUCACCGGCAGUGGCAGUGCUCAGUGAUGAAGAGGCAUCCUUUGUGGCCCGCAUCCCACAAGACCUCCUGGCACGUGUGUCAUUCAACUGCCAGGCCUACACUCGGGCUCUGUUUCACCUUGAGUCAUACCUCCAUGACCGUCCAGAGCGUGUGCAAGAGAAUCUGCAGUUGCUUCAGAAAGUGUAUGUGGCACUCGACGAACCUGAUGGAGUUGCUGGUGUAGCCGCAGUUCGUAAUAGUCAACCAUCUUUGGAAGACCAAAUCAUUGAGCACCAGGCAAUGGGGAAACUGCAGGAUGCUCUUGCGUGCUAUGAGCGAGCACUGCGACUGCCCACAUCUCAAGCGUCUCACCAUCAGGGGCUGCUCAGUUGCCUGCUGUGCCUCGACCAGCCGAGCACCGCACUCACACAUGCCUCAGGGCUGCUGGCAGAGAGGAGCGACUGGCUGCCGGACAUAAUAGAAUACCAAGCGGAAGCCGCCUGGAGACUUUGCAGCUGGGACUUGCUUGAGAAGUUUCUAUAUACUCAGGAUUCAAUCCCACAAGACUCGAGCAACAGCUGGAGCUCAUGGGGUGUGGCCACGGGUCGACUUCUCCUUUCUGCUUACAAUCUGGAUGAAAAGUCCUUCUUGGAUAGCCUUGCACAAGCACGGAGUCACCAGACAAGCCCUCUUGCAGCGGCAGCCAUGGAACAGGAGGCCUACCAAAGGGGCUACCGUUACGUUUCCAGGUUGCACAUUCUGACCGAAGUGGAGCAGGGGUUCCGGGUACUACUUGACAUGGAAUCUGGCAACAGUCGUGAAGAUAAACAGGUGCAGCUUACAUCACUGCUUGAGGUCUGGAAAGCUCGAGAGGACCUCGUUCAGCGUUCACCACUGUUACUGGAACCUCUGUGGAAUGUGCGGCGAGCACUGCUCAGCAUUGCCAAAAAGAAGCACCAUGACAUGGAGGAUGUUCUGCAAACAGAACUCGCCAAGUGCUGGCUCCAGAGUGCCAAGCUGGCACGAAAGAAUGGCCAUCUGCAGCAGGCUUACAGCUGCCUCUUGGAAACCGGCGGCUGUGAACUGCCUGACAUUUUCUUGGAAAAGGCCAAAUGGCUCUGGGCAAAGGGAGAAAGGGAGCGUGCCCUCGCAGAACUUCAUCGUGGCAUCGAACGUCACUUUCCUGGCUGCAGUACGGAUAGCGGUAGCAGCGAUUCAUCCUCCACGCCCGAAGAACGCUUCGCGUGUGCCAAGGCACGUCUACUGUUGGCACGAUAUAGUGAAGAGUCCGCAGCUGUGGAAAGUACGCGUCUGGCGUUCCUGUACAAGAGUGCGGCACGGGCUUGCUCUUCCUGGGAGGACGGAUUGUUUCACUUUGCCAAGUACUGCGACACCAUGCUGCCCCUGAAUGAAAAGCCGGAAAAGAAAGCAGACACGAUGGUGCAUGUGGUUCGGCACUACGGGGAGUCUCUGCGUUACGGCUGCCAGCACAUGUACCACUCCAUGCCACGCAUGUUGUCCAUCUGGUUUGACCUGGGUUCCCAAGUGGCUGAAAUGAGCCGCGCACGUCGUGUGCCUGCCGGACUUGAAAAGCUCGAGGGGUACCUCAAGACCAUGACUGAUAGGGCACUGGGUUUGCUCCUGAACCAGCUUCCACCAUACUUGUUCUUCACUGCAAUGCCACAGCUCAUCUCUAGGAUCUGCCAUUCACACGAGCGAGUGUCAGCGAUGCUGAAGGAGAUCAUAGCUCGCCUGCUCGCCACCUACGCACCGCAAGCAGUAUGGAUGAUGAUUGCAGUUUCCAAGUCCUCGUACCCGAUGCGGGUGCGGCGCUGUCAGGAAGUAUUUCAGCUGGCACGGCAGCAGAACCCAAGCCUGGCAAAGUUCCUGAACGACACGUUGGCCCUCUGCGAGAGGCUGCUCGAGUUGUGCAACCGGCCAGUCGGGGAGACCAACGUCCUUCAAAUCUCGCAGCACGUCAAGGGCUUUCAUGAGAUGCUGAGGGAGCCGAGUUUCAGCCGCAUCCUACUGCCUCUGCAGUCGGCCACAUCAGUGUCACUCCCAACAGCUGGCACGCCCAGGGACCACAAGCCGUUCCCACAGACUCCCGUCCACUUGGUUUCCAUCAAUGACCGUGUUGAUGUGCUCUCUUCACUACAGAAGCCAAAAAAGAUCAGUGUGAAAGGCAGUGAUGGCAAGACUUAUGCUAUGAUGCUGAAGCCAAAAGAUGACCUUCGCAAGGACUGCCGGCUCAUGGAAUUCAACAACCUCAUGAACCGCUACCUCAAACAAAGUGCUGAAGGUCUCAAGCGCAGGUUACACAUACGCACCUACAAUGUGGUUCCCCUGAACGAGGAGUGUGGACUCAUAGAGUGGAUUCCAGACCUGCAGGGAUUCCGGCUCAUUCUGAACCGCACCUACCGCGAAAAGGGCUUGCUCGUCUCCAGCAAGGAGAUAAAGGAGAUGAUGCCUGACCUCAGCGCAAGUGUCGAGAAGAAACUGGCCAUAUUCAAGGAAAAGUUCCUUCCUCGAUUUCCUCCUGUUUUCUAUGAAUGGUUCCGCAAGAACUUCCCCGACCCAACUGCCUGGUACACUGCAAGGCAGUCAUACGCACAGACUGUUGCUGUGAUGAGCAUUGUUGGCUUCAUCCUGGGUCUGGGUGACCGACACGGCGAGAACAUCCUCUUUGACGCUUCGUGCGGAGACGCCGUGCACGUCGAUUUCAACUGUCUCUUCAACAAGGGUGAAACUUUCGACUGGCCAGAGAAGGUUCCUUUCCGCCUGACACACAACAUGGUAGAUGCCAUGGGUCCUCUGGGAUACGAAGGUGUCUUCAGAAAAGCAUGUGAAGUAACACUACGUAUCAUGAGGAACGAGACAGAUGCCCUGAUGAGUGUGCUGAAACCAUUUGUUCAUGACCCUCUCGUUGAGUGGAGCAAAGCACCGAAAGGUGCAAGAGGUCAUCAGUCGGAGUCGGGAGAGAUCAUCAAUGAAAAGGCCCUGGUCAAUGUGAAUGGAAUCGAGCAGAGGCUAAAGGGUGUCUACCGGGGUCGCAACAAGCCUGCUGGACCACCGCUUUCUGUUGAGGGUCAAGUGGACAGCCUUAUUCAGGAGGCAACUAGCGAGGUCAACCUGUGCCAGAUGUAUGUUGGCUGGGGUGCCUACCUCUGAUGGUCUUCUCACUGCAAGUUUAGUAUACGUGGCAUCUCUUCACUGAAGAGCUUGGGCAUUCUUUCAGCACUGCACAUAGUAACAUGUACUAGUAUAGUAAGGCUGCAGACUCCUCAGCAUCCCUUUUUUUUCAUGCAUGAAAAAGCAUCUUGUACUUUAAGUCAUAAUUCAUUUCAUCUAUCCAUCGCAGUUGCCUUAUUCCUGCACAGUUCCCAAGCAGUGAGCUUACCUGACCACGUGUUCUUCGAUUGAUUUUGUGAUCCGUUAUGUUGGUCACUAGGUACUGUGUCAUUGACUAGACUGCAGCAUUUUGUGCAGCUCAAAUGUAUUUAUUAACCUACAUUAAGGCAUUGUGUCACAAUGAGAAGUACAGUAACAUGUAUUUUUGCAACACAGAGCAGCAUUUCUGUGCUCAGGGGCUAUGAGUUAAUUGAUUUAUUGAGAGCCAAGGGAACAAACAGUGAUGACGUUUGUUGUUCCAUCCAAAUUUUAUUCUUUGUUGAGUGUGUUUUUUACUGUUGGUACGGCCAUUAAAUUUUACGAAGCAUUG